AUGACCCAGCUCAAUGGAACAUCCAUUAUUCCUAAUUCGAGGAGCGAGAAUCGCCCCCUCAAGGUGUUGGUCGUUGGAGCCGGUAUUGGCGGAUUAACGGCCGCUAUUGCGCUCCGUAAGCAAGGUCAUGAUGUAUUCGAACAAUCGCGGCUGGCAACUGAGACUGGAGCUGCGCUUCAUCUUGCUCCGAACGCGAAUGGAAUCCUCCGACGUCUCGGAAUAUGUGCGGAGGAAUUCGGUGCCAAUGCUUUCGAGAGGUUGACGGAAUACACUGCAAGUGGCAAAGUAGAGAGAUCUAUGGAGCUCUCAGAGAAUCACAACAUAUGGCAGCAUAGAUGGUUACUUGCCCAUCGUAUUGACCUAUACAACAAGCUGAAGAGCGUGGCAACCAAUGCCGAGGAUGGGAGACCAGCCAUUCCCUUACGGACAUUAAGUCGAGUGGUAAGCGUAGAUAUUGAAGCCGCGCACAUCACUUUGGAAAAUGGUGCGCAUUUUGAAGGCGAUAUUAUUCUCGGUGCCGAUGGGGUCCAUUCGAUGACAAGAAGCGCGAUCCCGGGGGGCGACAUCAAACCAUUUUGCAGCGGCAAGAGUGCGUUCCGGUUCCUAGUGUCGAAACAGGCUGCCCUUGAUGACCCUGUCACUGCGCCUUUGGUCAAACACCCCGGGGAGCUGUGUAUGUGGUAUGGAACAGAUCGCCGCAUUGUUAUGUAUCCAACCUCCCACAACUCCGUCCUGAACUUCGUGGUAAUUCACCCCGAGGCUGAGUCGGCCGAUCAGGCAGCCGACGGGUGGGACCAAAGUGGAAACCUCGACAGAAUGCUUCAAAUAUUUUCAUCAUUUGAUCCUGCAAUUCUUAAACUCUUGGCAAAGGCCGACCCUGAAAGUGUGAAAGUAUGGAAACUCCUAGAUAUGGAGUCAAUUCCACGCUGGCACUCCGGGCGUUUGGCUCUUCUUGGUGAUGCAGCACAUCCUUUCCUGCCGCAUCAGGGACAAGGAGCAGGAAUUGCAAUUGAGGAUGCAGCUUCGCUUGCCGUCGUUCUUCCACCAGGAACCCCUGUGGAAGAGAUUCCUGAGAGACUGCAGCUCUACCAUGAAAUCCGGUACGAGCGCGCAACCCAGGUUCAAGAAUAUUCUCGGAUACUUGGCGAAGAUCGGACCAAUGGCAAGGAGCUUGAUAUGUACGGAUUCGUCAACUUCAAUUGUGGCCACGACGAAUGGGACAACUCCACGCAAAAGCUCCGUGAAUGGACCUGGAAGCGCAUUCCUAACCCCUACUGGCGGAUGCCCAUUGCCUUUGGGCCCAUGCCAGGUCCUCGCCAAACACACCUCGGAGUCCCCAGAGACGGAACGAAAUCCACCUUCACCACAGCAUCAAUCAAAUUUAAGACGUCCCGAACAGUUCUCCAGAAUCUAUUCCCACCCGGCCGGUGUGGCUGGCGCUUUACUUCUCCCGGCACCGUCGCCUAUGCGUCCUUUGCGAAGACGACGCUGAACAAGAUGGAAUGGCUGGGUGGCUCAGGAUACAGUCACAUCGGUCUUUAUGUCCACGGCGUCGAAUACGUCAAGAAAGACGGCUCUACCGUGAAGGGCUCGUACCUUCCCAUCCUGUUUGAAUCGCUGACGGACCCAAUCGUCUCUGGUCGGGAAGAGUUAGGUAUGCCCAAACUGUACACAUCUAUCGAUGUCUAUCGCCGAGCGACGUCCUAUCGCAUCCGAACUGGCUGGCAAGGUGCGCUCUGGGGCAACUUCCUUCUUGAGGACCUGGUCGAAAUUGACCCGUCGUCUGCAUCUGGUGGGAUCAGUGGAGAGGCUGACGCUGGUAUGCUGGCAUAUAAAUACAUCCCGAAGAGUGGCCGCGCGAAUAAGAAUGUGCCGGCGGAGGAACAUGCCGUGUGGGAUCCGUUCUCAGAAGCAACGCCGAAGCCCAUGCCGAAAAGGGUGUACACGACCAAGAAGGCAAGUUUUCAGAUUGAUGCGCUGGACUGGGAACAGCUGCCCACAUUGCAUCAUGUCAUUUCUCGGCUGGCGGAAGUGCCUGUUUACGAAGUUAUAGGGGCCAAGGUUGUUGAGGGUGAAGGUGUUCCGGAUGUUUCUGGGGCGAGGCCGAUCGAGUAA